UUAUAUACGCGUCGUGGUGAUAUUGAAUUUUGGCAACAUAUAAAAUAUCAUCCAUUACAUUCUCGCAUCCUUCAAUAUUUUGAAAAUUGUAGAUUUAAAGGAAUUCUUGAUGUAGAAUGUGUGUCGUAUGACUCCGAAUUAAUUUCUGCUUUAAUUGAAAGGUGGCGUCCAGAAACUCAUACUUUUCACAUGCGAACUGGCGAGGCUACCAUAACUUUACAAGAUAUUGAAAUUUUAUUCGGAAUGGUAGUAGACCGUAGUCCUAUAAUUUUAAAUGGAGCUGAUUCUUUAGGGAUUAUAGGUAGACAAGAAAUGAUAUUUCAAUUAACAGGAUGGUUACCCGAUACUAGUUGUUUUUCUGGUGUUAGUAGAUUGUUAACAUAUAAAUUGAUUGAGUAUAUCGAAGGUUUGGAUGGUAUUAAUGAUAACUCAACUGAGCAUGAAGUUCAACAAAGAUUUAGAUUAUAUUUAUUAUGGUUAUGUGGUGGAUCAAUAUUUCCGAAUAAAUCUAAUAAUAAGAUUAAUUUGGACAUUUUAAUUGACAUGAGAAAUUUAGAUUUAAUGUCAACUCAAGCAUGGGGAUCAGCCGUAUUAUCAUAUUUGUAUAAUUGUUUAUGCCGUGCGUCAAUGAAAAAAUCAAAUGAAGUUUGUGGAUUUCUCUCUUUAGUGCAGAUUUGGGCAUGGGAAAGAAUUAUUCCCCUGCAACCAUUGCCAAAGCCUCUAAGAACCAAUCAACUUGAGGCUUCAACUGCGCUUGCACGUAAAUGGACGCGACGUAGAAAUCAUCAAAAUGAGGCACGAACUGUAAUCGGUGUGAUUAGGGAUGUACUAGAUAAUCUAACUGAUGAACAGGCUAGGGGUCAUGAAAUGCAGUAUCGUCGAGCUCGGAUGAUUGAAAAUGAUGAAAAUCAAUCUAAUGAAAUGAGACCAUAUGCAGAGGAAGUCGCUCAUAUUUCAAUGGAGUCAAUGAAUGCGGUCUUUCAGGGAACGCGAUUGAGCUUUGAUCCUGAUUACAAUCCUCCCACUCAACACGAUGAACCACCACCAGUACAAGUAUCUCGCCGAUCACGACAAACAACACCGAGAGAUGGUGCUCGUCGAGGUAGAAGGACCGCUGGUGAAACAAUUGAUUUUUCUGCAUGGCCCUCUAACACUAAUGUGGCGACUCCCGAGCCUUAUUAUCCCACGUUUGAUUUUUCUACAGGGCCCUCUAACACUAAUGUUAAUUUUUCUAGUGAGUUGCCUGAAUACAAUUCCGAAGUAAGAGGGAAUUAG